AUGGCUGAGGCUCAUAAGAAAAUGGAGAGCCUUGAGAGCCUCGGCAUCAAAGGAGGAGUUAAAAUCAGGAGAGCGGUGACUGGUGCUCUAGUGUAUGAGAUUCCCGGAGAGGGUGGUAACGAGCUCGCGGACAAAUUAGCCCUCGGGCUCAAACGUGCCCUCUCCGGGAAAGAGGGGGUGAGGGUACAGCGGCCAACAAAAACGGCAGAACUCAGGCUAAGAGGGCUCGAUGAAGCCGUCACCCUCUCAGAGAUCCGGGAAGCAAUCUCCAAAAGUGGAAACUGCGAGGAGGAAGAGAUCAACGUGGGGGAAGUUAAAAGAGCGCCCAACGGCAUAAAGAUGGUGUGGGCCGUUGCCCCCUUAGAACAGCAAACACCAUUACCCAAAAGUCCCAUAUUCAGAUAG